AUGGUAGCAGACCCGACACAACUAUUGCUGGACUCAUUGUACGUCUUGUGUGAAGAAGGUGGUGGCGUUGAAUGGCUGCACGUUGAUGUGAUUGAUGGCCACUUUGCACAAAACAUGUCUUUCUGUCCGGACACUGUGGCUGGAUUGCGUCGUCACCUCCCGCACGCCUUUCUGGACGUUCAUCUUAUGGUAACGGAUCCUGGGAUGUGGAUUAAACCCUUUGUAGACGCCGGGGCAUCGCAGCUGACUUUCCAUCUUGAGGCGGCAAAAGAUCCCGUUGCGGUAGCGAAGAAAAUUCGUGCGGCUGGUAUUCAGGUCGGAGUUGCCAUUCGCCCACGGACUCCGAUUGACGGACUCAUUAAACUCAUUGAUGGUGGCUACAUGGAUAUGGCACUCGUAAUGACAGUGGAGCCCGGAUUCGCCGGACAGAAGUUUAUGUCGGAACCUCUUAGUAAGGUGAGGGAACUGCGUAAACGCUACCCUUACUUGAACAUUCAGGUGGAUGGAUCUAUCAACCUUGAUACCGUGGAGGCAGCGGCAGAAGCGGGCGCCAAUUGUUUGGUUCCAGGACAGGCAGUUUUUAAAGCGAAAAACAGGCGCGAAAAUGUAAACCAAUUGCGUGGUACUGUUCAGCGUUACUUGAAAAAGUCUCAUAUGUAG